UAGGCUUAAAAAGUAAGAAUCCAUUGAAAUGAAGAAAAUAAAUCAAGAACGUAGCAAGCAACACAACAGCGGUUUUCUGUCAGUAAAUUAUGUUGGCACACAACGCAAUAUAGAUCCCAAUCAAAUAAAAAGUGUUAGAGAUCGAGUCGAAGAUACUACAAUUAACGAAAGACUGCAGAUAUAUACACACUUCGAUUUAGUUUCUUAUGAAAAUGCUGUGAAAUGGUUUACCUUCCAAAUACCAUCAGGUAAAAUCUUUUUUUUUCCAAUUGAAACUAUACAGCCUAAAGUACAAAUAUGUCGCGUUGUGGCAUCAAAGCGAUUGCCUAGAAAUGUUGCUGAGGAUCGUCUUCGACGUCUAUACUCUAAUUAUAAUUUAGUAAAUGAGUUAAACGCAGUUGGCGUCCAUCACGAUGAUCUUCUACCAACGCAAGAACAAUUUUAUAAUAAAAUUGACAGCAAACGCUUUAAACAUUUCCUGCCCUUAAGCUUUUUUGACGAUUACAAUUUCGACGUUCACACGCCGGAGGCUUGGUUAGCACUGGGAUACGUAGACGGCAAGCACUAUUCAUUAAUAGCAAGAGCUUUCAUACCAAUGCAUGGUACGGAUUCUGUAUACGAUUGGAAAUGUGUUCAAGUAAACGACUUCAAUAAAGCAAACGACAUGUGGCAUAUUACAUGUUUGGAAACUGAAAUAGAUUAUAUGGUCUCCAAAUACCAGGUAAUGUUCUUUGCUGAGAGUGCCAAAGAUUUCGCACAACGUUUAAAACAGGCUAUUGCAAAUCGCGAUGAUGCAGAACUGCGAAUAAAAAUUGACUCAAUUAUUGAUUGCGUCAUACUACAGGAUCUACAAACAAAUAAACCGACAUUCAUGUUCAAAACCAUUAGAAAUCUUCUUCGAAAUUAUAAGAAUAAUAUGACUUUUUAUAAUGCCAUUUGUCGAGAGGUUUACGUUUUGCAUGAACACGUGAUGGCCUAUUAUGACUUUGAUAAUUUUUUAAAAAAGUUCUCACAAGAUUUUCCCGGUACAAAACAAGAAGAUAUUCAACAUGUGAUGCCUAAACCAAAUUUUCCUAAAGUUGAUUUAAACAUGCUGAUGACAGUAGACUUCACUAUGAUUAGACUCAGAAAGAAAUUGUUUAAACAGACAUUGUACUACGUAAAUGCGAGCGUGCAAGCGAUGAAGAGUGUUUGGCGCGAAUGCAUUUACGUGCAAACCUUAUCGUUAUUCAUUUACAAGCCAUCGAAACCAUUGACGCUUGCAGAGUUUGAAAUCGAACAAUAUUCUUUAUGUGAAUCAGUGUCGAGAUACUUACUGAAGCCGUGGCCCAAAAAAAUCUCUGACGUAGUUACGAAUAUUUUGCGGGCCAACGGCAAAGGUUGGCUAGAUAUUUGUUUAAAUAGAUGGCAAGUAUAUGAAUUCAGUAAGAUAAUACGUUUCGUAUUACAAGUCAAGCUCCGUAUGGAAUCUUGUUUACAGAUGCUACUACAGCAAUCCGUAGAAAUGUUUAUAAAUUAUUUAACUCAGCCCUGUGCAAAGUUUUUAAAAUUGCCAACAGAUUAUGAGUGGCCACAUAAUGAAUUUAUAGUGUCCAAGUUUCAAUGGGCUGAGCCUAUAUUUAGUUUAGAAAUUAUUAUUGACAAGAAUAGGAAAGUAUAUUACUCUACAGCACCGGAAUUAUUUGAAACCACACUGUGUCAAAUAUUUCAAGACACUGUAAGGAGUAUAGGGCGUAUCCGAUGCAUUGAUGCAAAGACUAUGUUAAAAUUACGUUUCCCACCCAACAAUUAUUUAAUGACAAUUGAACUGGCGGUAGAAUUGUACAUGAAAUCACUUGAUGACCUUAAGUUAUCCUAUAUAAAAGCUAUACUACCAUUAAAGUCGUACUGCAAACAAUAUGAACGCUUCGUUGACAUAUGCGUAUUGAACGUCAAUGAAUACAUGAAAGAAUAUGAGAUAAAACAAAAUCCAUCUACGACAGUGAAAAAUGAUAUUUUGGAAUAUAGGCGUCAAAAAGAGGAAAUUCAAAGAAUUUUACCAACAAAUAUAACUAUAGGACCAUUUCUUAUAAAUGUCAAUCCAUUGAAACAAUACAUGAUCAAAAAGAUUAGAGGACUUGUGAAACGUAUAUUCGAAUACUAUGUUCAACGUAUGUAUGACAUCAAUUCCAGUCUGCUCUUAAAGUGUUCAACGACAUUUAAAAAUUUAGAUGAGAAACCUAGAAGCAUUGAGCAUUUGUAUAAGAUUAGGGACUUUUGUGACAAUAUACAGAAAUACAUAACAGAACUAAAAUCUGAAAUACAUAUCAUGUUUAUAGAGUACGAUUUAUUGGACAAUUUCUUUUACAACAUAAGCGAUAGUCAAUUCGAUAUGAAAUGGCAAGUAUUUGCUUGGCCUCAUAAAAUACUGACGCGAGUCAGCACAAUACGUGAAGAACAAAAAGACGAUUUUGAGGAGUUCCUUCGUGCACAUAAUCUCGAAUGCACAAAUUUUGAAGAACAUUUAGAGAAUCUUAACGAUGAAAUACAGAUAUUGUCACUACGAUUUGAUCCAGACAGGGCAAUAGAAACUGGAGUAGAGGUUAAGAAACUUACUAACGUAAUAGCCGACUAUCAAGCUGAGGGUGAACUUCUUCAACGACGUCAUAAGCUAUUUGGCUUAUCAGACUAUUCGUUAAAAUUUUUGUAUAACCUCAAAGAAAGUUUUGCACCAUAUCGAGACUUAUGGACUGCUAUCAAUGACUUCAUUAAGCUCGAAGAAGCUACAAUAGGAAAUCCGUUACUUCAAAUUGAUUUGAAAGAGCUUGUAAGUUUAUAUGACGCAAAACGAAAGAUAUUGCACAAAUCGUACAAAACCUUUGAAGAAAAACCCGAGUUACAAGAUGUCGCACAUUUUUACUUGGACAAAAUGAAAAAAUUUAAACUCAUUUCUAAUUGCAUACUGCACUUGCGAAGUGAAUAUUGGUUAUCUUUACAUUGGGUGGAAUACGCGGAAAGAUCUGGUACAGAGACUAAAUAUUCAGCUUCAAUCAAUUUCUUGUAUCUGAUACGCAAAGGCAUCUUACAACAUUUAGAUUUGGUUCGUGAAAUAGCUGAAAAUGCUGAAAGGGAGGUUGAAAAUAUAAAACGCGCGUUGCAAGAAGAGGAACGCUUGAAGGAAGAACAGCGGUUAGCAGUGAUAUUACGCAAAGCGAGACGUAAAUGCCGCAACGAUAUUUGGUAAUACAAGAACAAAAUUAAAAAAAAUCUAAAUUCUAAAAAUUCUAGUAGCUAAGUCUUUUUGUAAUGUAAAAACAUCUAUACAUUUCUAGUGAAGAACUAACACUAGAGGUUCAAUCAAUAUCAUGUGUAGAUA